AUGGCUGUCGCAACUGGCACCAGCUCUACGCCUGUCGACUUACUCAUCAGCGUGGGCAAGAACCAGAACACCAAAACCUUGUUAAGGGUUAUUAUUCUCUGCUUCAUUGCCGGCGCUGCAGUCGCAAGUCGACUAUUCUCAGUUAUUCGAUUCGAGAGUAUUAUCCAUGAGUUCGACCCGUGGUUCAACUUCCGAGCAACCAAGUACCUCGUUGCCAAUGGAUUCUACGACUUCUGGGAUUGGUUCGACGACCGAACAUGGCAUCCUCUUGGGCGAGUUACCGGAGGUACCCUCUAUCCUGGUUUGAUGGUCACAAGUGGCGUUAUUUACCAUCUCCUCCGAGCUUUGGCCGUUCCCGUUGACAUCAGAAAUAUCUGUGUGCUUCUUGCGCCAGCAUUCUCCGGUCUUACUGCGUUCGCUUCCUACCUCCUUACCAAUGAGAUGACCACCUCCCCAUCUGCUGGUCUUCUUGCUGCAGCUUUCAUGGGUAUUGCCCCAGGUUACAUCUCGAGAUCUGUGGCUGGUUCCUACGAUAACGAGGCUAUUGCCAUCUUCCUUCUUGUAUUCACCUUUUAUCUCUGGAUUAAGGCAUUGAAGUUGGGUUCCGUAUUAUGGGGGGCCCUCUGCGCUCUCUUUUACGGUUACAUGGUAGCCUCGUGGGGCGGAUAUGCCUUUAUCACAUGCCUAGUGCCUCUGCACGCUUUCGUGCUCGUAUGCAUGGGCAGAUUUAGCAUGCGCCUCUACGUCUCAUAUACCACAUGGUAUGCUCUUGGUACUCUAGCUAGCAUGCAGAUUCCGUUCGUCGGUUUCCUGCCGGUCCGUACUAGCGAACAUAUGCCGGCUCUAGGCAUCUUCGGAUUCCUCCAACUUGUCGCUUUCCUCGAGUAUGUUCGGUCAGCCAUCCCAAGCCGUCAAUUCCAAACGUUCCUUUAUGUCGGUUUAGGCGGUGUCUUCGGCAUUUCAGUUCUCGGUCUGGUUGGUCUCACGACCCUUGGAUACAUUGCGCCCUGGUCUGGUCGAUUUUAUUCUCUAUGGGAUACAGGAUACGCCAAGAUCCAUAUUCCAAUUAUCGCGUCUGUGUCCGAGCAUCAGCCAACUGCCUGGCCAGCCUUCUUUUUCGACCUGAACUUCUUGAUCUGGCUUUUCCCAGCUGGUGUCUAUCUGUGCUUCCAGAGAUUGGAAGAUGAGCAUGUCUUCAUCAUUGUGUAUGCCUUGUUUGGCAGUUAUUUCGCCGGUGUCAUGGUGCGAUUGAUGCUCACUCUUACCCCUGUUGUAUGUGUGGCCGCUGCUAUUGCGGUUUCCCAAGUCCUUGACACGUACUUGGUCGCCAGAUCACCGAUACCUGUAGACAUCAAGGAGGAUGAGAACGCCGAUCCGAAGAAGGCAUCAAAGCACGGAGUACUCCGUACCACAUCACAACCCAUAGUAGGCAUCUACAAUUUUUUGUCGAAAGGCUUCAUAGCUGGAUGUAUGACAUUAUACCUACUCCUCUUCGUACAACAUUGUACUUGGGUAACUUCAAACGCUUAUUCGUCACCAUCUGUUGUCCUGGCAAGCAGGAUGCCAGAUGGAAGUCAGCAUAUCAUCGAUGACUACCGUGAAGCUUAUCAAUGGCUUCGACAAAACACCAAAGAGGACGCCAAGAUCAUGUCCUGGUGGGAUUAUGGUUAUCAAAUUGGUGGCAUGGCUGACCGACCCACCUUGGUUGACAACAAUACGUGGAACAACACCCAUAUCGCUACUGUCGGUAAAGCCAUGAGCUCGCGAGAGGAAGUAAGCUACCCGAUCAUGCGCCAGCACGAAGUUGACUAUGUCCUUGUCGUUUUCGGUGGUCUCCUCGGCUAUUCUGGUGACGAUAUCAACAAGUUCUUGUGGAUGGUGAGGAUUGCCGAAGGUAUCUGGCCUGACGAAGUCAAGGAGCGCGAUUUCUUCACUGCUCGGGGCGAGUACAGGGUUGACGACCAGGCUUCGGAGACCAUGAAGAACAGCUUAAUGUACAAGAUGUCGUACUACAACUACGGCUCCCUCUUCCCACCCGGACAGGCCCAAGACCGUGUCCGAGGUGCUCGACUUCCCGACAAGGGUCCAGUCCUCAACACACUAGAAGAAGCUUACACUAGCGAAAACUGGAUUAUUAGAAUCUAUAAGGUAAAGGAUCUUGAUAAUGUAGGCCGAGAUCAUGCGGCUGCUGCUUCCUUUGAGAGGGGCCACAAAAAGAAGAAGGCAACUAAGAAGCGGGGACCUAGAGUUCUGAGAGUUGACUAA